UCAAAUAUGCCGCCGAGUAAUGGACGGAGACCACCGCGCUGUCGAUCGACUGCGAUGAGAGCAAUGAAUUCGGCGAACGAACGAUUUACCCACGACGUCUCGAUCGCCGCUCCUGAUCUAAUCGCGCGGCACGAUGUUCCGAACGGUCUGACGCCGCGUCGAUAUCGCUGCUUCGUCGCUGCCCAGCCCAACACGCCGUCGCCCGUUGAUGUUCAUUUCAACUACGCGGUAUCAGCCUCACCUGUGUGUCGAUGUUUCUCCGCGAGUGUCUCAGCCGAGGAUCCUCCCGGUCGCGAGCUAUCGCAUUGCGCGGGACGUCUCACAGCUGUUUCACGAACGAACGGAAGGGCACGACCAUUUGCGCCUUGUCCUCCGGACACGGAAAAUGCGGCGUGGCGGUGGUGAGAGUGUCGGGGAGCCGGUCUAUGGACGCGCUGAAGAGGAUGACGAACAUCUCAAAGCUGGAGCCAAGGAAAGCUUUUCUGCGAAAGAUACGCGACCCCGAGACGGGAGAGGUAAUCGACCACGGACUUUGCUUGUGGUUUCCCGGACCCCGCUCAUUCACCGGCGAAGACUGCGUGGAAUUCCACGUGCACGGCGGCUCGGCGAUCCUCAGCCGCCUGAUGCAAGCUCUAUCGAGGCUGCGGGUGUACCCAGCGCAGCCGGGUGAGUUCACCAGGCGCGCCUUCUACAAUAACAAGCUGGACCUCACCGAGGUGGAGGGCAUAGCCGACCUGAUAGAAGCGGAGACCGAGUACCAAAGGAAGCAGGCCCUGCUGCAGGCGGACGGCCUGCUGCGCAAACUGUACGACAGCUGGAGGAAGGUGCUGUCGGAGUGCGUGGCGAGUCUCGAGGCGUACAUCGACUUCGGCGAGGACGAGAACAUCGAGAGCGAGGUGGUGGAGAGGGCGCACGGUGCGCUGAGGAAGCUGCUGAGGGGCAUUGAGGAGCACCUGGCCGACGGCAGGAAGGGCGAGAUUCUGCGCAACGGGGUGAGGACCGUCAUCGUCGGCGAGCCCAACGUCGGCAAGAGCAGCCUGCUGAAUCGCUUGGUGCAGCGAAACGCCGCUAUUGUGACACCGGUCGCCGGCACCACCAGGGAUGUCAUCGAGCUGAGCGCGAACAUCUCCGGCUACCCGGUGCUGAUAGCAGACACCGCCGGCAUCACGGAUGGCACGGAGGACAUCGUCGAGGCCGAGGGUGUCCGUCGCGCGAGGAAGCACGCGGCGAACGCCGACUUCGUCGUCGUCGUCGUGGACGCGUCCAACUUUGUAACAAGCGGCAUGACUUACGGCGACUAUGUGCGCGAGUACUCGUCGUCCUUGGGGAUACACGAGCUCUUGACGGAGAUGGGAAAACGGCGCUUCGUUGUGGUCAUGAACAAGAGAGACUUGCUGGGAGAGGAGGACGAGAGACGGCUGAGCGACACCGAGGCGGUCUUGGUAUCCUGCAAGACGGAGAACGGCUUUCAGAAUCUGCUGCGAUCGCUGACCGAUCGCUUCACGGAUAUAUGUGGCAAUCCGUCCGCGGAGAGUCCGACCAUCAGCCAGGCGAGGCACAGGAAUCAUUUGACGCAAUGCCUGAGGCAUCUGCAGAAUUACUUCGAGCUGUGCGCGAACGAGCAGCACGACAUGGCCAUCGCAGCGGAGGAGAUUCACAAGGCGAUGAGAGAACUUGGGAGGAUAACGGGACACGUGAGCACCGAUGAGAUACUAGAUAUUAUAUUUAAAAACUUUUGUAUCGGUAAAUAAAAGGUUGUCGCUUGUACACAGAGGAUACCGUUCGUAAUUUCUUUACAGACUGUUCCGAGACGCCCGGUGAUUCACGGUUAAAUAUCAGUUAGACGUUAAAAAGAGAGAAUAGCCUGUGAGAGCCAAACUGCUGUUGUCCAAAUAAAAUAAGUAUAAUUUAGUAACGUCUCAAAAAACGUCUCGGUCUAUUGCAGAUUCUCUUUAGCUACAAACAAAAAGUAUAUAUAUACAUAUAUAAAUAGUCACCAUAUAUAUUUUCUUCAAGUUCAACAAUAGACAGUUUACUCAGAGCUAGCGAGACAAACGCAAACUUGCGUACAUUCUUAUGUUGGCCAAACCGGCAGAAAAUAAAAAAAACUAAAGUAAAAGAACAUCGUUUACAUGUUUACAUAUUAAUCGUAUAAAUAUCGCGAAUAUCAGCGAAACAUAAAUUAUAAUAUGGCCAUGAUUUUAAAUAGGAUGACGUUAAAAUUCUGGAUUACGAACGGUUCUAUUUUAAAAGAAUAUCGGAGAUGCUUUUUAUGAAAAGACAAAAAAAAUAGUAUAAAUAUGCGUUUCUGAAUGAUUGUUAUACACCGUUGUAAUUGAAAUCGAAUUUCACCAGUUUAAUUUUCAAAUAAUAAGUAUUCGUGUUCUCUCGGUUUGUUUGUAUUUCUUUUGUUAUUGACCUAUUUUCUUAUACACUGAAGAUGUAUGACAAUUUUCUUAUAUAUAUUUUUGUUUGUAACCGAAGAGAGUCUACGAUGGACCAAAACAUUUUUUCAGAAUGUUAAUAAAAUAUAUUCGUUUCGCUCGGAUAACAGCGGUUUGCCUCUCGAUAUCUUCUCCUUUUAUUGUUUUAUUAUCUUGGAGCCAAUUAUAACUUCUAUAUUUAGUUAAAUGUUGUAUAUUUUUGCGGAUCUUUACAGAUCGCUCUUUUGCUCUUGCAGAUUUCAGUAUUACGUCUCGCGUAAAAAGGCUGACUUUUUUUACAAAAUGCUGCCUCUCGUUUUCCAUAGAGAGGCCGGACUUUGUAAGAGAACUGAAUUUACAAAGAUCGCAACCACGCACACCAUACACACACACACAUAUACACGCGCAUACACGAGAAAGCAAGGAAGAUCGGGUUACUGUUCAAAGAUACAUCGCGUCUCUGCAAUCGUCUUCUUGCAGUUGUGAGGCGAGAGAGGCUCAGAGCGAAGUUUUCUGCGCAUAUAUAAAUACACGUAUGAACAAACGCAUGUCUCGUGCGCAGCACGGAAAUGAAAAUAAGUAGGUAGGAGCCUUCAUAAGCAUCGUAUGUUUAUUAACAAUGUUACACGCACAAUCAUACAUAGAACAACCUUUUGCCAGAUUAUAAGAUAUCGAUACCCCACGCGUUACAGAUAGGGCUCCGUAAUACGGUUUUAAGUCGUUAUCUGUAUGCCAUGUCCGUGUCAUGUUACUUAACUCGUUGAAUCAAUAACUCCGCUCGCUCGCGCAGUAAAGGAUAAUUUAACUUAUUAAACUAACGAAAGCAAAAACAACUCGACCAAGGGAAGGGGAAGGGAAAAACGUGAGAAAAAGAAAAGUAAAAAUAUAUAUAAGUCGCGUAUGAAAAAAGUUCGCUCGCGUGAAAUAAAACUCGCCGCGAGCUACGCUUCAUGCUUCGCUUCGGUUGAUUCCUUAUGUACAUCUUGCAAAGCUGCUUGCAAAGUUCGACUCAAUGUGUGUGUCAUCAACGUAGUAUUUUCUGUUUAGCGACACAAGUCGACACGAGCAUCAUCUUAUUCUCUUUGUCACUUAUCGGAUAUGGAACAAAUGAUGAAAUGAAGCUUGUGCCGACUUGUGUCACUAAAUGGAAAGCCACCUAUAUAGUUUCCUUAUCGCAAAAAGAAAAAGAAAAUAGAAAUAAAUAAAAUAAUUCGAAUUAAUACUUAACUCUUAACUGGUAUCGUGUUAAUUGCGAAGUCCGUGUUAUACGAGAUUUACUCUAAUAACAUUUCCUAUCUUUUUUUUUUGUUUACGCGUUCGACAAUCUCUUGUUCUUCGUACGAUGAAGUAGCAAGGAUCAAAAUUUUGAAAAAUACACGUGCUAUUUUCUUCUCUUUUUUUUUUCCUUUCGAUCUCUCCUACGACUUCUUUUUCUUCGUACCAGUUAAAGAUUAAUUUAAUUCCGUAGAUCUCUUACGCAAUUCUCUCUCGCACGCAAGAUUUGUGGAGAAAUUUGUUAUCAAAUGCAUCGCGGGUACAAGAACGAUCGAA